AUGAAAGCUUAUGAGAGGUUGCUAUCGCUGCGAGCUAAGGGUCUUUCGGAUGAAGAAGCCUGGAAUGAGAAUACUGUUGAGUUGAAUAGGGCAGCUCGUGUUCAUACGAAACUCUAUAUCGCUAGAAUGUUCUACGAGAAUGCCCAUGCAGUGGUUGACGCCAAUUGCCGAGCAGUUCUUCAGGAUCUUCUCCAUUUACAUCUAAACUAUGAAUUGAUUGAUAUGGCUUACUAUGUGCUAGAGGAUGGUUACCUGUCUUCGCAACAGUUGGACUACAUGAAAGAAGAUAUGUAUCGACUGCUUAAGAAGCUACGUCCUAAUGCUGUGUCACUUGUAGAUUCGUGGGAUUAUUCAGAUCGUGAGCUAAGAUCGGUUUUGGGACGGAAAGAUGGUCAUGUUUAUGAGAACUUGUAUAAAUGGGCCCAACAAAGUGAACUGAAUAGAACACAGGUUCUACCAUCAUUCGAAAAAUAUCUCCAACCAAUGAUGAAAGAAGCACGGAAACAGCACGGGAACAGCAAAUUGUGA